GACGUCAAACAACGUGAUGAAUAAUUAUAAUUUAAACACCAAAUUAGUUCAAUUGAAAAAGGUCAGUGUAGUUUAUUGGCCGACUUCGAGCAAGACAAACAAGUGCCAUCCCAAGCCAGUAAUGGCUGAGGGGAAAUGCCUACUCCCAGUUAAAGAUGGCAACAAACAAUUUGCUUUUACAGUUGUACAGCUACUUGAGAAAGAAUCUGAAAUUCUUGGUAGUGGGUCAUAUGGAACAGUUUGUAAAGCCAAGUGCGAUGAAAUUAUGUGUGCAGCUAAGAAGAUCUACCCAGCACUGUUUCAAGUGGAACCCAUUGAGCCAGGCAGAGAACAUACACACCCACUACGACGAUUCGAAGCAGAGUGUUAUCUUCUUAAAAACAUCGAUCACCCCAACAUUGUACAGUAUCUGGGGACCUAUCGCGAUCCUGACACAAAUGCACCAGUUCUUCUCAUGGAGCUCAUGGACGAGAGUUUGACACACUUCCUGGAGUCAUCACCUAGAGACAUUCCCUACCACAUCCAAGUCAAUCUCUCUUAUGACAUAGCUCAAGCACUUGCCUUUCUUCACUCUAAUGGGAUCAUCCAUCGCGAUCUCUCCAGCAACAAUGUCCUACUACUAGCAGGCAGUCGAGCUAAGAUUACAGAUUUUGGGAUGUCAAAAUGGAUUGACACCAACAUACAGAUGACAAAAUGUCCUGGUACACCAGCAUUUAUGCCUCCUGAAGCUUUAGACGAACCACCGGUCUACACAGAGAAACUAGAUAACUUUUCUCUCGGGGUGAUCAUUGUCCAAAUCAUAACUCGAUUGUUUCCAAACCCAACAGAUCGCUUUGCUAAUAGAGAACUAGUCGACCCAAAAUUUCCCAUGGAAAAUAUACAAGCUAAAGUAGCUGUGCCCGAGGUUGAGCGUCGACAGGCUCAUAUCAGUCGGAUUAAUGGAAUGCAUUCUCUACUGCCAAUCGCUUUAGAAUGCCUGAAAAACAAAGAAUUUGAAAGACCAACUUCGAAGCAACUUUGCCAAUCGCUGGGCGCUUUAAAGGAAAUAACAAUCUAUCAACAAAGUUGCGCAGAAGAUAAGGAUCAAAUUAUUCGAGCAAAGGACGAGAAGAUUCAGACCACUAAUCAGGAUUUAGCUACAAAAAUUCGCCAAUUGCAAAAAAAUGUAGAGCAAUUAGAUAUCCAAAAGGAUUCAUUGACAAUAAAGGAUAUGGAAAUUGAAAGGCUCACACUUCAGCUGAAUGAAAUAACAGACGAAUGUGAUAGCAGAACUAGGCAAUUGAGAGAGCUUGGUACACAAGUACAGAGCUACGAACAAGAGAUUGACCAUUUACGACUUGUCACAACUACCGACCAGGCACAUGCAUCAGAGAAUUGCUCAAGUGGAAAAAGUUCUGUUCACGUUGAGUACUCAACAGAUAACCCAUUUAACAUAAGCAGUGGCUUCUAUGCCGUAGUGGGCAGCAAGGUUUAUUUUCGAAAGGCUUACGAUGAAUCUAAUAGAAUCUAUGAAUAUGACCUUGAUAGUAGAACAUGGUCAGUAUUGAAAGCUGAUCCAGUUUCUAAAGGGUUCACUAUAGUCAGUGUCGACAAUAUGCUCACAAUUGUUGGAGGAGAAGGAUAUAUUCUCAACUACAACAAACUCUAUUGUUUUUUAUACAAGAAAUGGGUGGAGAUAUUCCCACCUAUGAAUAAUAGACGAGUACGCCCACAUGCCGUGUAUGCAAAACGACACCUUAUUGUAGUUCAACGCUAUAAUGGAUAUAAUGUCGAAAUACUGAACAUUGACACGUUACAAUGGUCGAUGGCUACACCAUUUCUAGAGUCACCUGAUACUAUCGUUGUGACUGGAGAAUACAUUUAUUCUAAAUGCAAUCGUAAAAUACACAAAUGCUUGCUAUCAGAUCAACUCGCUGGAUCUAGUUCUGAAAAUCCAAAUAAAUUCUGGCAAGAAAUACGUGUCGACCUUCCAUUGCAUUCAUUAGGAUGUAUUGUAAGCAUUGAUGAUCAUCUACUAGUGGUUGGAGGAACAGUGAAAUUCAAAAAUGAUGAGCCUAAAUACUUUUGGGAUUUGUACAGCUGUAAAGCAGUUAAAGAUAUCUACGAAUACAUUCCAUCAAGUGACUCAUGGACGGUUGUUGGUCAAAUGUCAGUGCCUCGCUUAGAUUGUUUAGCAACUUCUCUACCUAACAAUAAGCUUAUGAUCGUUGGUUCAGACUCGACAGACAUUAUGAACACAUGUUAGUAUUACACAAGGAUUUGUACACACUGUACCUGUGUUAAUAGCUACAAUAGUAACUUUACGUUUGUUACUAGAAAAUUAAUGUGCACAUAAUUAUGAAUAAAAGUAAUGCAUGUAUGUACCUCUGCUCAUUUAUAAUUAUGUAGAUUUACGUAUUCGUAACAGAAAAAUAAAAUUAUCACCUCAA